UCAGUGCAUAGAAGGAAGGGGAAUGGGGAGUACCUAGGGGUAGGGGCUAUGGGUUCAUUUGGAAUUAGGCACAAGUCCCCCAUGAUGCCUAAAAUAGAUCAGUCCUGUAGAGCUGUUUUUCUGCACCCAGUUCCAUUAUGAUAAGUCAUCUCAGACCGUAUGUGAAAGUUGUGGUGCUGUGGAUCAGCGGGUGGUUGAAGUAUGCGUUAGAGAAGAUGUGGAGAAUGCCGUUCUCAGUGCCACACACCUGGGUGACAUCACCAGGCAACUCAGGUGAAGGACUGUAUGACAGGUUGUCAAAGGAGUGGCUAACCAAUGAGGUGUAUCGUACCUAUCACCAUGGAAGUGGAACAAUGGUUACAGUCCAGACCAGCACACAUGACUUCUACGUGAACCUUGGUCGACUGACUGACUGUAGUGAGUACUUCAGAGCCCUGUCCCAGUCCAGUAUGAGAGAGACCACAGAGAGCCUGAUUGUCCUGGACCACAUUCCCUCCUCAGUCUUCCAUUCCCUCCUAGAAUUCUGCUUCCGGAAUGACUUCAGCGUUCCCCCGGAGGAGUUGGGAGAACACAUCCAAGUGGGCAGCUACCUGCUGGCUGAGGCCUUUGUGUCGCAGUGCCUGUUGGCCCUGUCUGGUUUUCUAACCCCAGACACCUGCCUGUCCUACCUGGCUCUGGCCCGGGACAUCAGCUGUACUGAGCUGGAGACGACUGUGUUCUCCUACCUCAGCAGACACCUUCUGGAGCUGUCUCACCUCACCAGGUGUUUGCCGGCUGAAGACAGGGCUGAACUGACCCGUCUAAGGUGGCAGGGUGAUCUCCGGCUCUGCUGCGUGAGGAAGGAGAACCUGACCUCCUGGAAUGACCUGGAAACAGAAGCCGCCCGCCACCUCUUCACCCUAGAUGGAUCAGAGGUCACUGGUGACUGGCGUCCACUAACAGAGCUCCCCUUCAUGGCUGAUAAAUGGUGCUUCACCACGGUGGUUCUACUCAACUACCUCUACCUCAUCGGUGGCUACAGGCAGCGGGCUAAGAGGGGCUGGGAGUUCAAAAUGGCCUCCUUUAGGUACAACCCCUUCACCAACACCUGGGUCUCCACUGCACCUCUCAUCAAGCACAGGAGGCAUUUCAGUGCGGUGUCAUGUGAUGGCUGUAUCUAUGCUGUGGGAGGCUGGUACUUGGACUCUUUGGUGACUCCUGACUCUAGCACAGCCCUCUACACUGCUGUGGAGCGAUACCACCCCAGGGACAACACAUGGACGUUUGUCUCCUCUCUGCCUUUGACUGACUUACAGUUCACCAUGUCCCUGUCCCAUGACCUCCCUCUGGCCACCAGCCUGGGCUCCCAUCUCUAUGUCCUGGGGAACAUCCAGAGGACUGGAGAAAAGCUGCUUCUACAGUAUGACACCAGGCAAGACUUAUGGUCUGAGCUGCUCCCUACCCUAACCAAAGCCAACGCUGACCUCCCCAGCCUCUACUUCCUGGGUGCUACGGACCGGCUGUUUGUGAUUGGAGGAAACAACUCAGAGAAUGUGGUGACAUCAUUCUGUGUGGAGUCUGGGAAGUGGGGGCAGGUGAAAGGGGCUGAGAAGGUAGCAUUAGCUGGACAGGGGACAGUGCUGGGUGACCAGGUGUACAUGCCAGGUAUAGAACACAACGCUGCUGUAAGGCUGGAUCUCCACUCCCUAUCUCUCACUGUCCUCCCUCCUCUACCCAUCUGCAUUCGCUAUGAAGCCCUCCUUCACCUUUCCUUCUAAAACAACUUUCAUCAAUUAGUCUGAUUUGACUUGCCUUGCUGUUUCUGGGGUUCAGGUCAGGGUUAGUGUUUCUGGACAAACGCAGACUCAUCAUCAAGGGGGUCUUUGCUACAUGUGGACUUCACCAUUCUGUGUCAGCAACAAUAUGCCUUGUCCUGCUUUCACUCUGCCUUACAUGACAAUUUUUUUUACUUAAGUAGGCCUAAUCUAAAGGAGAUAACUCACCAGACCGAUUGUUGGUCUGUACAGUAGGGGGCUUGCACGGUGUCCUCCGGCUUGUGUUCAGUUUGCAAAUCCCAGCCAAGACUGUUCAGAGGUGCUAAGUACUCUCGCCAGCAGAUGCUAGACAAUCCUACCGGUCUGACCGUCUCUUAAAUCUUUACCCGGAGGAGGAUGGGCUCCCAAUCUCAUUUUCUUCUUAGUCAGGUUCCUUUUAAAGGCUUCCUAGGGAGUUUUUCCCAGUAACCACGUUUCCUUCCAGUUUUUAUGUGAGUGAAGUUAUACCAUAUAAAUAAAUAAAAUCACGAGAGCUGUGGUGGAAACAGGAAGUUUUGGUACAAUUGUAUAAAUGCCGACAGAUCAUUUGAGCGUUCGACGUGGUGGGAUCUUUUUGUGUUGGCAAGAUUCAUUAUGGCGUUGCAGUGGAAACAAGUUCAUGCGCAAAUAUUGAUAUAUUAUAACAAUAUCGAAGAUAACCUGGAGUCACGUGUGAUGAUAUGGUGUGUGGUCCUACUACUAAGACUCGGGAAAUCAUGCAGUUUAUUAGGAAGCAGAUGAAAUAAGUUAUGAUGAAUUUCACAAAAGUGUGCGGUGAUGAGUUUGAUGAGCCUUUCCAAUAAAUGUUGAGUGUGACAUGA